UAACGUUGUCACGAUGUUAUUUAGUUUUAAUAUGGCGGCGGGGAAUGUACGUGGUGCAAUGAGGCCGCAAGGAAGAUCACCUUCGUUUUUCAUCGUCGGGCUAUUUCUCGCCGUGGGCAUUCUGGGUUUCAAUUAUUGGAGCCUGUCGAAACGUAACCAUGACUUAGCUACACAAUUACUUAACAUGCAGGAUCAACUUAGGCUUUGUAUUUCGAAGAGGAUGACCGUGGAAAGGCGGGGAUCUAAUAUCGUAAACGAACUGAAGAAAUGUGAAACUGCUUUGGACAUGGACAAGAAUGAGGUGGCCAGGAAAGAAAGUGAAGUCAUUACUCUUACUGAACAACUGAAAAUUAAAGACGUUCAAAUUAGUUCCCAUGAAGCGAAAGUAAAAGAAAUGGAGGAACUCCGAAUGAAUCUAAAAACAUGUGAAGAAAACAACAGUGGAAUUGUACAAGAACUCCAGAAAAAGAAAGAGGAGCUGAAAGCUAACCAACCAACUGGUGUCAAUGCCGAAACUUGCAAAGCUUGCAAAGAUCAAUGGGUAUUUGACCAAAAGGCAUUUUUAAAUGGCAUUGAUAAAGUACUUGGCCCAACAGCAUUGCUUCAACUGAAAAAUGCUGGAGUUGACAUUGGAAACUAUGCUCUUGAAAUAUCUGCUCAGCUGAAGAAUAGCCAGAUGCAAAAUAAUGAAGCUCAACCAAAUCUGCCAUCAAAGAAUAUGUCUGUUUCUCAACCUGCUGGUAAUCAGGCUGCAGUUCCAGCUGAAACUGGCCAAAAUGCAGGAGCAGCUGGAGGUAAUACUAUUUUAGGUAUGAAUUCUGCAAACAAUGUUAAUCAGGGUACCAAUAACAAGGAAGUAAUUGCUGCUCCCAACUCUAAUGAUAAUAAAGCAGGUGGGGUUGAAAAUCAAGCAGCUGGUGCUCCUCCUAUUAAUAAAGAUGUUGCUGGUGGAAAUCCAGGAGCUGCUGUUCCUCCUACCAAUAACAAUGUUGUUAGUGGAAAUCCAGGAGCUGUUGUCCUUCCUGCCGAUAAUGCAGUUGGUGGAAAUCCAGGAGCUGGUGCUCUUCCUGCCAAUAACGAUGUUCCUGCUGGAAACCCAGGAGCUGUUGUCCCUCCUGUUAAUAAUGAUAUUGCUGGUGAAAAUCCAGGAGCUGGUGUUCCUCCUGCCAAUAACGAUGUUGCUGGUGGAAAUCAAGGAGCUGUUGUCCCUCCUGCCAUCAAUAAUGAUGGUGGUGCUCCAGUCAAUCAAGAUGUUGGCGCUGGAGAUCCAAAAAUUAUUCUGCCACAGAACAAUGAUGCUGCUAUAGGAAAUCUGGGACCUGUUGUUCCUCUUCUCAAUAAUAAUAAUGAAGGUGGUGAUGGUGUUGGUAACGGUCUAGAUGGUGUUAUUGGUAUGGCUGAAAAGUUGAAAGAACAGGACGUUGCUGGCGGCAAGCUCACUCCUACAGAACCCUCCCAUAUCAAUGGCAUGCCUGCUGGAGCUGCAUUUAAUGACAAUUUUAUUAUCAACCAACCUAAAAUAGAAUCUAAGGAACCUAAAACUGGUUUAUUGGACAUACUUAAAAAUAACAAUAUUUUAUUUGAAAACCAAUACAAAACUGCUCCGAGCAUCAACAAUCCUAAUCUACUUGCUGCACAGGAUGGUGUAAAUGCACUUAAGAGCCUCAAGGAAGGUUUUGAUAAUAUGACAGGAUCAAGUAUAAACAUAACUAAACCUGGGGUUCAGACUCCCAGUCAGCUGAGUAAUAACACAGCAUUUAGCAUUAAAGCGUCAAAUGCAGUAUUGACGAGUCCAGUAUCUUCAUCAGACAAGGGUUAUUCUCUUUUGGCUGUCAAAAGUAAUAAAACAGACAGCUCUGACCCAGGACCAGGAUCUCCCCAAAUGAAGUCAUUCAAUAACUCCAAUCUCAUCAAAUAUUUGCAAACUAAUUCCUCGGGUGUAAAUGCACUUAAGAGCCUCAAGGAAGGUUUUGAUAGUAUGACAGGAUCAAGUAUAAACAUAACUAAACCUGGGGUUCAGACUCCCAGUCAGCUGAGUAAUAACACAGCAUUUAGCAUUAAAGCGUCAAAUGCAGUAUUGAGUCCAGUAUCUUCAUCAGACAAGGGUUAUUCUCUUUUGGCUGUCAAAAGUAAUAAAACAGACAGCUCUGACCCAGGACCAGGAUCUCCCCAAAUGAAGUCAAUCAAUAACUCCAAUCUCAUCAAAUAUUUGCAAACUAAUUCCUCGGGACCAAAUUCUAACAUGAAAGAAGAUAAUUUAAAGGUUGGUUUCAACACUAUAGAAGACAGUAUUGACAAGAUGCAGAAGAGUAUGACCCUUGAUGAUGAUAAAAUGAAUUCUUUAGAAAAGGGCCACUCAUAGAGGAGAAUCACUCCAAUUUUUUUCUCUCUCUUUCUCUCUCUCUCACUCCCCUUUUUUCAUUUUGUUACCCAUUUUGAAAUCUUUCUCUGUUUCAAGACAACCAAAUUUUUGUUCAAAUUUUGAUUCAAAUCCAAUGUUUUUUUUCUUUUUUUUCACUUCUAAUUUUCAGUUUGAAAUUUGAAAUUGAUAAUUCUGAAGUGUUUUCGUUACCUGAAAAAUAAUAGUGUUGUUGGGGAUAAAAUUAAAAUUUACAAUUUAAGAUCAAAUGUCAAUUAAAGUAUGUGUAAAAACACCUCUGUUUUAAUCAAUUUGAAAUUUGGGUGGUGAGGAGAAACAAAAAAAAAAAAAUCACAUUUUGAAUUGAAAUUUUUAUCAGCGUGGGGAAUUCCUUGUCGAAUUCAAACAGUAAAGAAGGUUUAUAUGUAUCUGUAAAAAAAGGAAAACGAAAUUAUUUUAUUUUAUUUUCAUUUUCUCAUUUCUUAAAAAAAAAGAAAAGAAGUUAAUUUUUAAUUUUGAAGAAAGGGUUCAUUAAUUAAUUAAUUAAUAUAAAAAAAAAAAUUGGGAGGAAAAUUUCAUUAGUUCCUUUUGUUGUUAUGGUAUAAUUUUCAUGGCUUUACUUUUUUUACAGGAAUUUAAAUUCCUUGUCUCACACACACACACACACACACACACACACACACACACACACACACACACACACAUUGGUUACAAACUGCAAUUGGUGUCUUUGUGAUUAAAAAUUUUUUUCUUUCCUUUGUAACAUAUUUGUUUUUAUUGAGUUUCCUCUUACUCUUACCUCCGAAAGGGUUGGAUGUUUUCAUUCAACGAUGUUUAUAAUCCAUAUUUUCUCUUCCUCCCCUUCCAUCCAUGCCUUUACAUUCACUCAUUUUCUUUAUUAUUAUUAUUAUUGCUACACAUCUUGAGAUGCAAUAACUUUCUCUUUUAUCAAUCUAUCAUUAUUAUUAUUAUUAUUAUUAUUAUUAUCAUCAUUAUUGCAGUUAUUACAUCUAUACAUAUCGAUCACUCUCUCUCUCUCCCCCUCUAUAUCUCUCUUAUUUUUCACUUCAAUGUAUUUAGUUUAAAUGAAAUUUUCUUAGAGAAAAAUCACCAGGCCUUUCUAAAAAAGAACAAAACAAAAUUUACAUCCUAUGUCCCUCAAUAUUUACGAAGGCAUUGUGGUUAGGGUGUUGCACUCAUGAAUGCAAGAUUGUGGCUUCAGUUUCUGGACAGGGCAAUUCAUUGUAUUCCUGAGCAUAAUACUUCAUUUCAUGUUGCUCCAGUCCAUUCAGCUGU